AUGACAGGUUCUUCUCCACCUUCAUCAUCUAUACUAGCUAUUGAGCUACUUCCUGAAUUUGGCUGGUCAGUCCAAGGUCAACCUGCAUUUGGCCCUGGAUCCGUUUUUCAAGGCUUUGUUAGGGUGGCCCCUAGUGAACCUACUACUAUCCAAGCUGAUCAAAUAAGGCUCUCCUUCCAAGCUAUUGAAGCUAUUAGACCCAUUGAGCUUUCCGCUGGUAUCGUUAGCACGACAAAGCGACAACAGCUAUUUGGUGUUCAACACAUUAUGUGGAAGGGAGAAACACUUGGCGCUGAGAGACUACCAUUCACCAUCCAAUUGCCCCUUGUUCAAUAUCCCCCUUCGGUUGAAGACCAUGAAUACUAUCAAUGCACUUUUCGGUUGACAGCUACCAUCGAACGAGUUGUAGAGCGACAGCGUACUGUAGUUGCCCAAUGCCACCGAGACAUUUUGUAUCGCCCCUUUAUCGAAACAUGUGCUUUGAAGAACCCCUUGGAAACGUCACAGCAAGAGUUACGUGUUCAGGCACUGGAUUACGUACCUGGUGAUAGCAUCUCGGUGCGUGUGCUUCAAUCCUUGCCACAAGGUUCAUCAGUCACUCUUUCAUUGUACCAGCGUUCGAGAUUGUAUGCUAUCGCCGAUGUCCCGGAGCUGACACAAAUAGUCGCUUCAGAGAAGUGGCAUGAUGCUUCCAAUUUUCCCUACCUUACACUUGCUCUUCCGCGUAAUCUUUUGCCGUCUCUUGGUUACAGCCCAAUGAUGACUAUAUCCUAUCACCUUAAGAUCACUAUCAAGCAACGAAGAAGGCACCUAUGGGCAACCACAGGUCCUACAUAUGAAUACCCUAUCAACAUUGGCACGCUUGGCUAUGGUGUACGUGCUCCCGAUGCUCUUCAAGUUUACUCGGCAUUGAGCCAAGAGCAGCUUCGCCAAGAGCAACCCAAGUAUAUGGAAGCCGUACAAUAUGAAGACAGCCUUCCUGCGUAUGAUCCAACACGCCUACCUUCUUAUGGAUAUGCUACGCUCGUUUCAUGA